CAGCUUUUCCUCCGCUAUCCAGGAUCCCAAAAUCUGACCCGGAGCUGUCGAAAUUCCCCGGAUUUGGGAUUUUCCCCCCCAAAAAAAUUCGGGAUAAACUCGGAAUUCCGGGACGAGAUGCAGGAGAGCUACGAGAGCGUCAUUUCCUUGGCCGAGGAGAUCGCCAUCAGUUGGCCGCGGAUCACGGCGUUCGCCGAAUCGCACCGGAGACGUGGCCUGGGCACCGACGCCUCCCCGGCCUCGCCGAGCGACCGCGACGACGAGGAGCCGCCCCCGAACCCUCCGGCAAAACCCGAAAUCUCGGCAACGCCGCCCGACCCCAAAUCCUCCCCCGACCGCGACGACCCCAAACCCGAAACGCCGAGAGCGGAACCCCAAGCCCAAAAACGCCGCGGUAAAUCCGACUGCGGGAAACCCGCGAAAAAUUUACGGUGCCAUGACUGCGGCAAAGCCUUGGCGUCGCCCAAACGCCGGCGGCGAACGGAGCGACCCCACAAAUGCCAGGAAUGCGGGAAGAGUUUCCGGUUAGGCUCCGGUUUGGCCACGCACCGACGCCGGCAUUCGGGCGAGAAUCCCUACAAAUGUCCCGAUUGCGGCAAAUCCUUCGGCGUCGGCUCGGCGUUCAUCCAGCACCGGCGCGUCCACGCCGGCGCGGCGCCGUGUCGCUGCGGAGUUUGCGGGAAGAGUUUCCCGGCCGGCUCGGGGUUGGUGAAGCAUCAAAAAGUUCACCAGGAGGAGAAACCGUACAAAUGUGGCGAUUGCGGGAAAGGGUUCAACUGGAAUUCCCACCUGGAGCGGCACCGGAGGAUUCACACCGGCGAGAAACCGUACGCGUGCCAAGAAUGCGGGAAAAGUUUCUCGUGGAGUUCCCACCUGGAUCGGCAUCGCCGAACCCACGCGGCGCCGGAAUGCGCCGAGUGCCACAAGGACGCGGCGAGAAACUCCAAAAUUCCCAAAAUCCGGCGGGAACCGGCGGAAAAACCCCCGAGGAGUUUCGGCGUCGCUGCCGGCAAACCCUACGAGUGCCGGGAAUGCGGGAAAAGUUUUUCUUGGAGUUCCCACCUGGAUCGGCACCGGCGCAUCCACAUGGGGGAGAAACCGUUCCGCUGCGGCAGCUGCGGCAAAAGUUUUUCCCAGAGCUCCCAUUUGGAGCGGCACCGGAAAAUCCACCGGGAGCCGUGCCGGGAAUGCGGCAAAAACGGGAAAAAAAACGGGAAAAGCUUCCCGAAACGCUGCCGGAUUUUGGGGGAGGCGGCGUGCGGGGAGUGCGGUUCGGUGUGGGAGAAAUGCGGGGAGUGCGGUAAAAAUUUGGAUCAGGGAUCGAAUUCGGGGUCGGAGGGCGGGAAUUUGAGUUUGGGGUCGGGUUUGGGGUCGGAGGGUGGGAAUUUGGGGUCGCACUUGAAGGAUCAAGGGACUCAAACGGGCGAGAAGCCGUUCGCCUGCCCGGAGUGCGGCAAAACCUUCGGGCAGAACUCGGCGCUGGCCAAGCACCGGCGCAUGCACACGGGCGAGAAACCCCACAAAUGCAGCGAGUGCGGCAAAAGCUUCGGCGUCCGCUCCAACCUCAUCAAGCACCAACGGACGCACCUGGGCGAGAAACCCUACAAGUGCCCCGAGUGCGGCAAAGGCUUCAUCCAAAAAUCCGACCUCACCAAGCACCGCCGGAUGCACACCGGCGAGAAACCCUACGCCUGCCGCGAGUGCGGCAAACGCUUCAGCGUCUCCUCCAACCUCAUCAAGCACCAACGCAUCCAUCUGGGCGAGAAACCCUUCCAGUGCGCCGAGUGCGGCAAGAGCUUCAUCCAGCGCUCCGAGCUCACCAUCCACCGGCGCGUGCACACCGGCGAGAAGCCCUACAAGUGCCAGGAGUGCGGGAAAUGCUUCAGCCGCAGCUCCCACCUCAACCGGCACCGGCGCACCCACGCCGGCGACAAGGCCGCUCGCGGCGCCGGUCAGGCCUCGGCGGCGGCGGCCUCGGCGUUGGCGCCCGGAGGUUUGGCCUUCCCGGCGUUCCCGGGGUCGUCGGCGGUGCCGGCGGCGUUGGAGCUGCCCUGGGCAUUGGCGUUGCCGGGUCGGGCGUUCCCGGGUUUUCCGGCGGGGUCGGUGGGUAAUUAGUGAGGGGUGUUGAUUGGUUCGGGUUGGGUUUGUUUGGUGAUGGAGUGGGGAGAUGAGGGAUUCCCAGCAUUCCGUGGUUCCGGUGAGUUCCCGGCGUUCCCAGUGCUCCCAGUGCCCAACUGGGAUUGGCCAACCCAAAACCCAACCUUGGUCCCGUUCAAUUUUCGCGGCUAAUUAACGAUCUCUAAUUAAUUAGGGGAUGAUUAAUUGGCUAAUUAAUGACAGGAUGGGGAAUUCCUGCUCAUUGCUGGGCUCCUCCCAGUGCUCCCAGUGCCCAACUGGGAUCGGUCCCAAACUCCGACGUCGGCGCCGUCGUUUUCCGGGAAUUCCGUGGAAUUUUGGGAAUUUUUUGUUUUUUUGGUCGUUUCUGGAAUUUUCCGUUCAUGU